CACCCACCUCGGCUGCCCCGCGCAUUCCUCGCUCUAUAAAUAACUCCAGGGUCUUGGGGCUCCGCACCCUGGGACACAACAGCAGCGCAGAUUCAAACCCAAUCCCGGCACCGGGUCCAGUACACAAGAAAGCACACGCCUCGCAAGGACCAGGACCUCUGCCAUCCAGCGCCACAAAGAGACAUUCUGCACACACACUCACACACACUCACACACGCACACACACACACACUUGCCCAGAGACAAACUUAAGGUGAGGAGAGAGAGCGCUCGCUUCACUUGAUCUCCAGGCUCCAACCUCAGCAGCACUUGAGAGCAUCUGAACUUCUGGAUUUCAGGACAAGUGAAGAAGAUUCUCUGGGUUAUAAAGAUGAAGAGUCUACUUCUUCUGGUGCUGAUUUCAAUCUGCUGGGCUGAUCAUCAUUCCGACAACUAUACUCUAAAUUAUGACAGAGUUAUUCACAUCCAAGCAGAAAAUGGCCCUCGUCUACUCGUGGAAGCAGAACAAGCCAAGGUGUUCUCACACAGAGGUGGCAAUGUUACACUGCCAUGUAAAUUUUAUCGAGACCCUACAGCAUUUGGCUCAGGAACCCACAAGAUCCGAAUUAAGUGGACCAAGCUAACUUCAGAUUACCUCAAGGAAGUGGACGUUUUUGUUUCCAUGGGAUAUCACAGGAAAGCCUAUGGAGGCUACCAGGGUAGAGUGUUUCUGAAGGGAGGCAGUGAAAAUGAUGCUUCUCUGGUGAUUGCAGACCUCACCCUGGAGGAUUAUGGGAAAUAUAAGUGUGAGGUGAUUGAAGGAUUAGAAGAUGAUACUGCAGUGGUAGCAUUAGAGUUACAAGGUGUGGUGUUCCCCUACUUCCCACGACUGGGGCGCUACAAUCUCAAUUUUCACGAGGCGCAGCAGGCUUGCCUGGACCAGGAUGCUGUGAUCGCCUCCUUUGACCAGCUGUACGAGGCCUGGCGGGGCGGGCUGGACUGGUGCAAUGCCGGCUGGCUGAGUGACGGCUCCGUGCAGUACCCCAUCACCAAGCCCAGAGAGCCGUGCGGGGGCCAGAACACGGUGCCCGGCGUCCGGAACUACGGGUUUUGGGAUAAAGACAAGAGCAGAUACGAUGUUUUCUGUUUUACAUCUAACUUCAAUGGCCGGUUUUACUACCUUAUCCACCCCACCAAGCUGACCUAUGAUGAAGCAGUGCAGGCUUGUCUCAACGAUGGUGCUCAGAUCGCCAAAGUGGGCCAGAUAUUCGCUGCCUGGAAACUUCUGGGAUAUGACCGCUGCGAUGCGGGCUGGUUGGCAGAUGGCAGCGUCCGCUACCCCAUCUCUAGGCCAAGAAGGCGCUGCAGUCCUACAGAGGCUGCAGUGCGCUUCGUGGGUUUCCCAGAUAAAAAGCAUAAGCUGUAUGGUGUCUACUGCUUCAGAGCAUAUAACUGAGCGUGCCCCUAGAGCACAUCAGUUUUAAAGUCAUUAAGAACAUGUGAAAGGUUGUUGUUUUUUUUUUUUCAAUAUGAACUCAUGCAAGUUACCAAAACUGUGAUAACCCUUUUUUACUUACUGUAAAGAGUCAUUUUCAUAAAGACCAAUUCAUUGAUUUGUUUUGUAAAGCUAUCAUUCAAUAUAUAUUAUAAAUUAAUAUAAUUUUAAGGGAAGCGCUAUAUUAAGGAGGCUUUAGAGCCCAACUGUUUAGGCUACAUCAUCCCAGUGAAGUAUCCUUUCAUGAACCGGGCAUGCAAUAGCUUGAGGUUUGCUAAGAUUAAAUUGAGGAAAGUACAGCUACUCGGAGCAGCAGCUUCCACAAGCACAAAUUUUACACAUUUGUACAAUUUUGAAAUGCACUACAAUAUACAAAUUAGAGCAACAGAUUUGAAAUACAGGCUUCUUUACAUAAACUGAGAUUCCGAGAGGUUGCACAAAACUCAGUUUCACAAGGGAACAAGCUACACUUUUCUAAAAGAUAAUAUUUCAAGUCUCCAAUAAACAGAAUCUUUUAGUCUUUAAAAUCCUGCCUUUUUGACCGAAAAAAAAAAAUUCAUAUGGACUCCAAUGCAUAAUAACAAGCACAGUUAAAACUCCUUAAUAACCCCAUUUAUAUGAAGUAUGAAACGUAAAUAAGCAGAUAAUAUUUAACCAAUGAGAGACUCCUAUCUUCUUUUAAUUAAAAUGACAUGUACCUGAGAAAAAUUGUUAAAUCUUUUGAGUAGCUUUACUGAGUUAUAUUUAAAUUCUAAAGGCCGUCUGCUAAGCAGCCAUUAGCAUCUACUCAGGGCAGUUAUAUAGAUAAACUGCUGGACAGAAAAAUUGUAAAAUUUAGCAGCUUGAUUUUAUGUUAGCCUAUGAAAUAUAUUGUCCUAUAAAAAUAACUUUAAACUAUUUAAUAUUUCCUUCUUUACCUUACAUGAAAAAAGUUUAAAUCACAAAAGGAAUGAGUAACUAUACACUUGCCUAACCAAGAAAUAUAGACCCAACUUUCAAAAUUUCUAUUAUUCUACUUUGUAUAUAUACUAGAAAGCCCAACCGGUGCCUGUGAGGGGGGGGAAACAAGUGAACAAAGUAGUUCUAAACCUUCCUCCAUAUAGAAAAUGUGGUCAGUGAUGUCACUUUCCUUGCUGGUCAUCAUUAGGCUUAAAUGAAAUGCAGAAGCUCCCAUCAAAGAGUUUACACUAAAAUCUUCAGGGCUUUAAAUGAAAGGGUAAGGCCAGUUUCAGAAAAACAACUUUAGACAUUAGCAGCUCCAAUAUUAAAUAAAGCUCUGUUUUCCUAUAUUUUUAUGACUGUUGAGACCCCGCAGGGACCAAUAUUUGUAUUCAAUUUACAUUUCAUGGUUUCCCAUUGUUUCACAAUGAGUUCUAAUAAAUGGGAUUUAGUAUAAUAAUCCAAGUAUGACAUAGCUGGUAUGCUUUCAUGAAUGUUUUUAUGUAGAUUUUCCUCCCAUGAACAUGAGUAAAUAAAUCUGUUUCCUGAAUUGAUUGUGGUUGCAUUUAAAGCUCUGUAAUAAUUCUAAUAAAUUUACUCUAUAAAUA